AUGAGGAAUGAAUAUAGGUGGCAGGAGUUUGCAGAGGAUUUCAGUGAGUGGUUUGGAGAAAGAUCUAUGGCAGACAUUAUUGAAGAAAACAAGCUGAAACAAAAGGGUUCUGUAAUGGAGUACCAAGAACGGUUUGAGGAGUUGAAGUCACUCAUGCUAAAUUCCCAUCCAACACUGACUGAGGCUUAUUUUGUAUUGAGUUUCAUUAGCGGAUUGAAUGAGGAAUUACAUCCUACAGUGAAGAUGAUGCACCCUGUUGCUGUGAAACAGGCUGCAGAGAAGGCCAGGCUGAAAGAGCUGGCACAGGAGGCUAUAUUUAGGAAGCACAAGCUGCAGCCGAAGGCAAAUCCUGUGAGCAACCAGUCAAUUGGAGGCAGUUUAAAAGCUUCCAACCCCGUAGCUCAGAGAGGGACCUUAAUUCCUAAGGCCAUACCAAGCCCAGCACUGGUUAAACCCCUAUCUGUGGAGCAGAAAAGAAAGCUUGGGCUAUGCUUUGGGUGUGGGGAAAAAUACAGCCCCGGUCAUUCAUGUAAGAGGCAGCUGUUGCAAACGGAGGGGUUAGAAGAAGAAGUGGAGGGAGAAGAAGGUGUUGCUCAUGAAAUGGAAAAUGCAAAGGAAGGAACAGCAGGGGAGGAAGAUGGAGAAAUCUCCCUGCAUGCCUUGCAAGGCUGUCCAUCGGGGAAGAUAAUUAAGGUAAAGGGGAAUUACAGGAAGAGGAGAUUGAUAAUUUUGAUGGACAGUGGCAGCACCCACAGCUUCUUGGAUGAAGCCACUGCCAUGGAACUACAAUGCCCCACAUUGGCCAUAUUCCCCUUAUCAGUUACAGUGGCCAACGGCAACAAGAUGAUUAGUAGAUAUAAGUGUCAAAACUUUCAAUGGAAGAUGCAAGGGCAGGAGUUCUGCAGAAUCCUGAAAUUGGGAGGGUGUGAUAGAGUCCUUGGGGUGGAUUGGAUGAAAAUGGUCAGCCCUCUAGUGUUUGAUUUCAACAAACUAGAGGUAACAUUUGAAAUGGAGGGGAAGAAAUUGACCUUGACAGGGAGUUUAGAGACUGGAGAAUGUAAAUUAAUUACAGAAUUGGAGGGUAACAGCAAGGAGGAAGUAGUGGCUGGUGAACAUCUUAUACCUGCAGCUGGUUCUACCUUACACUCUCUUAUGAAGGUGGAUCUGUUGGUCAAAGAGAUGUUAGCCAAAUCAAUUAUCCAACCAAGCCAAAGCCCCUUUGCUUCUAUCUUACUAGUUAAGAAAAAUGAUGGAACUUGGCAUUUUUGUGUGGAUUACCGUCAGUUGAAUGCCAUCACCAUAAAGAACAAAUUCCCAAUUCCCAUCAUUGAGGACCUUCUUGAUGAACUAACUUCAGCCACUGUUUUUCCAAAACUUGACCUAAGGGCAGGGUAUCACCAAAUUAGGAUGAACCCUGCUGAUACCAAAACUGCUUUUAGAACUCACCAAGGGCUUUAUAAAUUCACUGUCAUGCCCUUUGAUUUGACCAAUGCUCCUGCAACUCUCUAA